AUGGUGAGCGAGCCUUGGACUCGACUUUUUGAAGCAACAAGGGUAUCCAACCUCCCUCGGAUUGCUUCGGAUCAUGGACCGGUCCUUGUCCGAUGUAAAUUGAUGAACAACAGUGAGGGGGGUAGAGCCUUCCGGUUCCAAAAUAUGUGGACCCGACACGAGGGCUUUAUCAACCUGGUCCAUGAAGACUGGGGAAUUCCCACGGAGGCAGAGGGACUACUCAACCUGAAGAUCAAACUCGCUAGGACCAAGAAGACCCUCAAGAGGUGGAAUAAAGAGGUUUUUGGGAACAUUCAUGCCAACCUCCGGGAGAGUGAAGGAAGAAUUGCCGUGGCCCAGGCAGAAUUUGAGGCAAACCCCGCCCCCCGGAAUCGAGCGGAUCUUAACAAAGAUGUCGCGAAUUACAUCCUCUUACUUAAAAUGGAAGAGGACUUUUGGAGACAAAAAGCAGCCCUUAGGUGGCUCGAGGAUGGGGACAAGAAUACCAAAUUCUACCAAAGUUGGGUGAAGCAAAAGAGGAUUCGACUGCGAAUCCACAAGAUUAAGGACAACGGGGAGGAAAUUACGGAUGAGAAAGAAGUCCGAGACUCGGCCGUUAACUUCUUCCAACAUCUCUUGGCGCCGGAUCAUCCGGAGCUCAUGGAACCGGACCUUGACAUAAUUAGACAAUUGCCACAGUCGGAGCAACUCGAGGGGAUGUCCACCCCCCCGGAUAAGGAUGAAGUUAAGCGAGCUGUCUUUGAUAUUGCGGGUAAUAGUGCUCCUGGCCCGGAUGGCUACACAGCCACGUUCUACCAAUCAUGCUGGGGCAUAGUAGGGGCAGAUGUGGUGGAUGCGAUUAGACAAUUUUUAGAGGGGGCCUUCCUUCCCCGAAGCAUCACUGCCACUAGUAUUGUGCUCAUUCCUAAGAAACCGGUACCGAAUACGUGGGGAGACUACUGGCCAAUUAGCCUAUGUAAUGUCAUUAACAAGGUAAUCACGAAGAUCCUCUUUGUGCUACGGCAAGGGGACCCCAUCUCCCCGGUGCUCUUUGUGCUUGCCGCCGACUACCUUUCGCGUGCUCUCGAUAAGGUGAUCCUGGGGAAGAAAGGGGUGACGUUCAAAGCCACCCGGGGAUGCAUGGAAAUCAGCCAUCUUGCCUAUGCGGACGACAUAAUCAUUUUCACUCAAGCAGCCCCAACCUCCCUCCGAAGACUAAAAGGAUGCUUGGACCAUUAUGCGGAGGUGUCGGGCCAACAAAUCAAUUUGUCCAAGAGUAAUUUUUACAUUGCCGAUGUCCAUGAAGAAUGGGCAAGCUCAAUUCAAAACGAGGGUGGCUUUUCCCAAGGUACAUUCCCCUUUCUAUACCUUGGUGUUCCUAUUUACCGUGGGGCGAAGCGAACUGAUAUGUUCAUGUUCUUGCGAGAGAAAAUUGCGGCUAGAAUAUCGGGAUGGGCACACCGACACCUCUCCUUUGGGGGAAGACUCACGCUCAUCAAGAGCACAUUGGAGGCGGUCCCAAUUCAUAUAUUCCAAGCUAUCGAGCCCACUUGUGGUGCCCUCAAGCAACUAGAUCAACAAUUGGCGCGGUUCUUUUGGGGAUCGACUAGUGAGAAGAAUAGAACCCACUGGAUCAGAUGGGAUCAAGCGUGCCUCCCCACGGCCGAAGGAGGCCUUGGCAUUCGUAAGUUUAAGGAGGUGCUUCGAGCCUUUAGUCUCAAAUUGUGGUGGAGGUUCCUGGAACAGAAUUCUUUAUGGGCAACAUACAUGAUGGCCAAAUAUUGCCGCAAACGCUCCCCCCUCACAAUUAGAGCGUCGGGUGGAAAUAGCUCGACUUGUAAGAGGAUCCUGAAGGUCCGAGCACAAGAAUCUUAG